CGUCAGUACUUCUGCAGUAGUGCCAGCUAGCUAUGGGCCACCAGAUCACUCUCGCCACAAGCUCGCUAAAUCAAUGGGCCAUGGACUUCUCGGGAAAUUUGGAGCGCAUCAUCCAAAGUAUCGCCAUCGCGAAGCAGCGUGGUGCAACGCUUCGUGUAGGCCCAGAACUCGAGAUACCCGGGUAUGGAUGCCAGGAUCAUUUCCUUGAAGGGGAUACCGUCCUGCAUUCAUGGGAAGUACUUGCUAAGAUCCUUUCCGGAGAUGAUACCAUGAACAUCAUCUGUGACAUUGGAAUGCCCGUUACCCACAAGAAUGUCAUCUACAACUGCAGGGUCAUUGUGCACAACAAGAAGAUUUUGCUCAUCCGACCCAAGAUGUGGCUUGCCAAUGACGGCAACUACCGGGAGAUGCGGUGGUUCACGCCAUGGAUGAAGCACAAGCAGUGGGAGGACCACUUCCUGCCACGAAUCAUACAGGCUGUUACGAAACAGACGAAAGUCCCGUUCGGUGACUGCGUUAUCAGCACAGUAGACACGUGCAUCGGUGUUGAGCUCUGCGAAGAGCUCUUCACGCCCGCAAGCCCCCACAUCGAUAUGGGCCUGGAUGGCGUCGAGAUCUUCACUAAUUCUAGUGGCAGUCACCACGAGCUUCGCAAGCUUUACACUCGUGUAGAGCUACUAAAAGAGGCCACGCUGAAGCUCGGUGGUGUCUACCUCUACGCAAACCAGAAAGGGUGCGACGGUGAUCGCGUGUACUACGAUGGCUGCGCCAUGAUCGCCAUGAACGGACACAUUAUUGCUCAGGGGGCCCAGUUCUCGCUCCAAGACGUCGAGGUUGUGUCUGCAACGAUAGACAUUGAGGACGUGCGCUCAAAGCGCACUUCCAAGAGCCGAAGCAUGCAGGCGGCUAGCGCAGAGCGAUACCAUCGCAUAGAGGUUCCGUUCGCGCUCUCGGCGGGGAAAUUUACGGACGUAGCGAGCGGUGCAGAGGGGGAGAUGUCGUUGGGGCUGCAGGUGAGGCUAUCUCAGGCGAGGUUUCAUGAGCCAGAGGAAGAAAUCGCCCUUGGCCCUGCAUGUUGGUUGUGGGACUACCUUCGCCGGUCUCGAGCACAGGGCUAUUUCGUCCCUUUGAGUGGAGGCAUCGACAGCUGUGCGACGGCGGUCAUCGUCUACUCGAUGUGUCGGCUCGUUGCGGACGCAGCUUCACGCGCGGAUCACCAAGUACUGGCGGACGCCCGCCGCAUCGUUGGCGAGCCAGAGGAUUCGAGUUAUAUCCCUUCGGAUGCAAAAGAGUUCUGCAACAGGAUCUUCCACACAUGUUACAUGGGCACUGAGAACUCGAGCAGAGAAACACGUAGCAGGGCGAAGGAGCUGGCCACAACAAUCGGAAGCUAUCACAUCGACCUGAACAUGGAUUCCCUUGUCACUGCGGUGCGCGACCUGUUCGCCUAUGUGACUGGUGUGAAACCCCAGUUCAGAGUCCACGGUGGAUCGAAUGCAGAAAACUUGGCUCUUCAGAACAUUCAAGCCCGUCUUCGGAUGGUGAUAGCGUACCUGUUUGCGCAGCUCUUGCCUUGGGUCCGAGGUAGGCAAGGAGGUCUGCUUGUUUUGGGCAGUGCCAACGUCGACGAGAGUCUUCGAGGGUACUUCACAAAGUACGAUUGUUCGUCAGCCGACAUCAACCCCAUUGGAGGAAUUAGUAAGACAGACCUCAAGAAGUUCAUUGCGUGGUCUCAGACCAACUUUGAUUUGCCAAUCUUGACCAACUUCUUGAAUGCGACUCCCACCGCUGAGCUAGAGCCGAUCUCUGAGAACUAUGUUCAGGCAGAUGAGGCGGAUAUGGGCAUGACUUAUGACGAACUUUCCGUGUUUGGUCGCCUGCGCAAGGUUGAGCAGUGCGGGCCUUACAGCAUGUUUACCAAACUCGUUCACGAAUGGGGAUCUUUCCUAGCACCUGUCCAAAUUGCUGAAAAGGUCAAGCAUUUCUUCUUUGAGCAUGCUCGGAACCGGCACAAGAUGACGACGCUAACGCCUGCCUAUCAUGCGGAAUCGUACAGCCCUGAUGAUAACCGCUUCGACUUGCGACCGUUCCUGUACCCUUCUAGAUUCCCUUGGCAAUUCAAGAAGAUAGACGAAGUAGCUGCAGCCCUCCCAGACCGGUCAAAUCGCGGACCAGACAAGACCAAAACGGAGUGAGAUAGACAAAGGGGUAUAAUUAUUGCUCGUCCGGUAGUGAUACAAUGUAAGAUGAUACAAUGGCUGGUUAUCCGUGACGUUAGUCUAGUGUGUGUAUGCUGUGUAGGAAGGAGUGGCCAAGAACAUAUAUGUAUCAGUCGAUCAUGUCCUUAGGAAACGCGAGAUGCCGCCUUGGACAACGACCUUCUUCAUUAUAGUCGGUUCUUCCGGAUCUUUCAAGUCUUCAUCCUUUACCUUUCGUUUGAUACUCUCCAUGACCUCAUUGACAGCAGAUCUAUCGAGAUCGCUACGAGACUUCAUGAGGUUCUCGACGAAGGACACAUUAGGACCAUGAACUUUGGCAAACGACCAGUACGACAGGAAAGCCAUGCUCUUGGAAGCUUCCAUCAUGCCAAGGAUGAGUUCCAUGACCUCCAGGUCCGCUUCAAGCUCCUUAGCCGGCUUGAACCCGCUAAAGAAAGAAAAUACUUCGCCAAUAUCCUCCUUGAUGCGGUCUGUGGCGGCCGGGACGCGUAGCUUUGGGCUGUUAGCCAAUGCAGUGAUGUAAGCCACGAGAAGGGCAUCGAGGAGAUAGUCAACGAGGGACUCGCGGAGCGACGGAUUAAUGAAAGACAUGUCCGCGAGGUAGUCCCCGAGAGUGACAGUGAUCUGCUGCAUGAUGCCGUCGUACCACGGUGGCUGGAAGAGUUGCUUCGUCGCGGGCUUGAGAUCAUUAAAGAUAAUAUCGAUGAACGUCUGAAUGCACUUCCGCGCGACGUCCAAGUUGCCGUCGAUCGCGUCGUUGAGUCGCUCGUUGAUCGGUACACGGUAUUUGUCCGACACGAGCGGCUCAAGCCGCGCGCGCAACGCCUCCGAGUAAUCCGCGCUCUUGAUCUGGUCAUUCGCGAGCGCAAUACAGUACUCUGCGAAACCACCCGUGACUUCCUCUGGUAGCUUCGCUUCUGUUUGCUUCUUGUAUUCAGCCUCAACGACGGACACCCAACGCUCCUGAGUGCCGCGCAUCACGCGUCCGAUCUCAACAACGACACGCGCGAGGAUCGCACCCUGCCCACUCUCCGUCGCCGCAUCAACCUGUUGGUUGACCAUCUGGAAAAGGAUGACAGCGCCUUGCGUACCGUACAGGCCGUCACUGUCGACCUCGGGUGGUUCGGAGCGGGUUGUGAAAGUAUUAACCUCGUCACGAACGAGGUUAGUUGUCCAUUCGUCAAGUUUCUUGAUGAGUAACUGAACGUAGUCUUCGAUGAGGUUCUGUUCUUCGCCUUUGAGUAGGGGAGGUUGGAGGAAUUCAGGAGAGACCUCCAGCUCUUUCAUGUUCUUCUUGUACUCCUUGAUCCAGGCAUGGAUCUGCAACAGAACGCUCGCAUCAGGCUCAGAGGCUACGAGGCGUUGGAGCGUUCCGUCAAGAGCCCUGUGAUAAUGCUGGAUGUAGUACUUGUGAAUCUCGUAAUCCGGCGGGAAGCAGGGGACAACGUCCUCUUCAAUGCGAAUGAGAUCCUGGUACAGCCAACCCAAAUUGUCUAAGAAUUCUGCUGGAUGCUGAUUGUUACGUUCGUAUGCCUCGUUGAACUUGCCCUUAAUGGACUCGGCAAUAGUUUUCAUUAUUUUCUGGCGGUAGUGCUUGAGGACACGGGCAUUAGCUUGCAUGGACUUGAACUUCGACGCCGCAUCCAUCUUGGCUGCCUUCUUGACCAGGCGAAUCGCAAUAGCCUUCUCGUCUUCUCGUCCUUCUACUUCUGCAAUCUUAAUCAACUUGACCACAACGUCCGGAUAUCCAGCUCGUACGAGAGGAAGAAUAUUUGUGGCGAGGUCAAGCAAGUAAGCUUCGAAUCCUUCGCUAAGCUUGCUAAGAGACUCGAAAAUGAGGGUGAGCUUAAGUCGAGAAGUCGCGGAGGCAGACUUGGCUUGAUGCAUAGUCUGGUUGCGGAAUGCCUCGAGACGGUUGAUCUGAUAGUGGGCCUGAAGAAGAUUGGGAGCAGGACCGAUGAUUUCCUCUCUAUCUGCUCCAACCAUCUUCUCGAGGGCCUCGACCUUGGCGCUCAUCUCAAGGAGGUUGUUGACGAUCUCCUCCGUCUGCUCAAAGUUACGGUGGACCAUAGAGACUCUGCUGAUCUGGUCGAAUGUACUGACGACGUUGUUGGGAUCUGAACACAUGGUGUCGAUGGUGAUCAUCUCCUCCUUGAUAGACUGCAUAUUCUUUCGUGUGCUAAGGAGUUUUUUGAGACCUUCUCGAGUGGCGUCGAGCUGCUCCUUGACACCGUUUUUAAGCCGCGCGUCAAUGGAGGACUUCUCUUUCUCAAGCUUCUUCCUGAACGCAGUCACUUUGGCAAGGUCGUCGGGAGACUGGAGGUAUUCACCGACUGCCUGUGCAGCAGACACCUGCGCCGCCGCCAUGAGUCAAGGUGGGGUGUGUCCCUGCGUGAAUGUGUG